AUGGCACACAACACUGGCGUCAAACGAGACAUCCCUAUCAAAUUGGGCGACUUCAGCGUGAUCGACUCGGAGUUCAGCAACAUCCGCGAGCGUUUCGACGCUGAGAUGCGAAAAAUGGAAGACGAGAUGACCAAGUUCCGUUCCGAACUCAUGAACAAAGAGUCCAACUUUUUCAAGACUACGUCCAACUCUCAGAACACAAUCUCAUCGAACCACGGCGAUUUGCCAGCAAGCCGACUAACCGGGGCUACGCCUAGCGGUUGGGUCGAAAGCAUCAACUCGCCGCUGAUUCAAGAAGACGGCGACAACAAAAUGUUGAAACUCAGAUUCGACGUCAGUCAAUACGAACCCGAGGAAAUUGUCGUCAAGACGGUCGACAACAAACUAUUGGUACACGCCAAGCAUGAAGAAAAAUCAGAUUCUAAGUCCGUGUACAGGGAAUACAACCGGGAAUUCUUACUUCCGAAAGGCACCAAUCCGGAAGCUAUCAAAUCAUCUCUUAGCAAAGACGGCGUGUUGACUGUCGAAGCACCGUUGCCUGCCUUAGGAGGGCCUGAUAAAUUGAUUCCAAUCUCGCAUCAUUAA